CAAAACUUUUGCUUCUGAUCAUGCCUCAGCCUUAUGGACUUUCCCUUUUAAGCAAGGAACCUUGGAGUAGAAGAACGCGAAAGGAAACUUCUAAUGGCGGAUUGGCGGGGGUUCCUUAGCACACCUCAUUCUAUGGCGUCAUUUAUCCUCCCCUCCUCUCUCCUUAUCCAUUCUCUAUUUAUUUUCUCCUCAAACAGCUUAUAAUUCCAUGAACCUCAUCUGCUAGAGCCGUCGGUUUUCGGUUUUUUUUUUUUUAAUAUUGCUUAAUUUUCCGCUCUUCAUUGACGGGAUGACUCCAGUUCUCAUAUUUCGCCAUUUCGUGAAAUGGGUCCGUGGAUAUCGGUUCAGAGAAGUAUAUAUGAGCUUUGUCUCUCCAGGGUAGAGUUGCACGAAUUGUGAUGAACUUUGUCGAAAAUAAGCGUACGUAAUCUACGGUUAUGCGGCCAUAAACUAAGUUGCAGGGUUUGCGGUUUAGAGGCAUUUUGGUGAAAUUAUGAUCUGGGUUUUGAACGAAAGGUUGAUUAGUGUAAUCUCGGCUUGUUAUAAUGAGAAAGUGCGGUGAUUUUAAGAAAACUGUUGGUGAAAUUGGGAUUUCAGUUGACCAAACAGGGCAGGGAGCUUAACUUAACCUUUCAAAGAGGAAGUUAGAAUACCAUAGUAAGCAAAUUAAAACUGGAAAUAUGCUGGAGGGUCUCGUAAAAGAAGGAUCAUUUAAAUGGUUACUCGGCAACCGAAAUUCCUUUGAUGAGGAAUUCGAAGAUAUGUCAAAGCCUCCGACUGCCAGAAGAAACUGGAUACUGGAGUUCUCUCCGAUUGCAAAUGUAGUUCUCCGCCGAUGCUCAAGAAUUAUUGGAAUUUCUUUGGAUAACCUCCGUGACAACUUUGGUGUUGAGGCGUCUGAUAGUAUAAAGAAUCCAUCGAGGUAUGCAAGGAACUUUUUGGAAUACUGUUGUUUCAGAGCUCUUGCUCUGUCUACGCAAGUGAACGAUUAUAUUGCCGAUAAGAAGUUCCCACGCCUAACGUAUGAUAUGAUGCUAGCAUGGGAAGCACCUGCAGCUUCCAGCGAACCCUUUCCCAAGUUGGACGAGGAGAGAACUGUGGGUGGAGAAUCUUUUUCUCGAAUAGCACCAUCUAUUCCUCUUAUUGCUGAUGUAAUUACUAGUGACAAUCUUUUUAAUGCACUUACAACAUCAACUGGGGGGAGGCUUCAGUUCUCUGUCUAUGAGAAGUACCUUAAUGGAUUGGAAAGAGCAACAAGAAAAUUUAAGACUCAAUCAGAAUCAUCCCUUCUUUCUGCCUUCCGAUCACCAAAAGGCGAAAAGAUCCUUGAGGUGGAUGGCACAGUUACAACCCAACCAGUUCUCCAGCAUGUUGGAACUGCUACAUGGCCUGGCCGAUUAACAUUGACUGAUCAUGCACUUUACUUUGAACCUCUAAAAGUUAUGUCCUUUAAUAAGCCAAAAGCAUAUGACCUAUCAGGUGAUUUAAAACAGGUUGUUAAACCUGAGUUAAUAGGACCAUGGGGCACAAGACUUUUUGAUAAGGCAGUCAUGUACAAAGCCAUUUCUUUACCAGAACCAGUUGUAAUGGAGUUUCCAGAACUGAAAGGUCAUACUCGUCGUGACUACUGGUUAGCCAUUAUCAGAGAAAUAUUAUAUGCUCAUAGGUUUGCCAAGAAGUUCCAGUUCAAAGGAGUUCAAAGGGAUGAAGCACUCUCUAGGGCUGUACUUGGAAUACUGCGAUUACAAGCUGUUCAAGAAUUAUCUCACACAGGAUCUGUUCGCAAUGAAGCACUCCUGAUGUUCAAUCUCUGUGAUCAGAUUCCAGGAGGUGAUUUAAUACUGGAAACACUUGCUAGGAUGUUUUCCUCAAUGGAUUUGGACAGAACUAACAAUUCUACUGAUGGAAGUUCGAGGUAUUCAAUAUCAGCUUUGGUAAUGAUGUCUAAUUUAGAAGAUGCAGUUGGAACGAGUUCAAUUAUUCCUAAAGAAACCAGACUUAUUGUGGGUGAAAUGGUUGUUGGGGAGAUAACGGCAUUGGAGAGAAUAGUCAGAGAUUCAAGAAAUAGCUUUAAAAAGGUGGAACUAGCACAAGAAACUGUUAAUAGGGUCAAAGUAGAGGGCAUUGAUACCAAUUUGGCAGUGAUGAAGGAAUUGCUCUUUCCUGUUACAGAAUUAGUAAAGUAUCUUACUUUUCUCGCAUCGUGGGAUGAUCCUAUGAAGUCUUUGGUGUUUUGUUGUGCAUCAACUUACAUAAUUUCUAGGGGAUGGCUGGGGUAUGCAUUUGCAUUGCUGCUUCUGUUCAUUGCAGUAUUUAUGGUGCUUACACAAUGCUGUCGCCAAGGGGAGCCUGUUGAUGAGGUAAAAGUAACAGCACCUCAAACAAUGAACACAAUGGAACAACUUUUGGCAGUUAAACAUGCAAUUUCCCAAGUUGAAGAAAUCAUCCAGGAAGGGAAUGUUGUUCUCCUCAAGUUGCGAGCUUUGCUCCUUUCUCUUUUCCCUCAGGAAAGUUUGAGAGUUGCAUUCGGGCUGCUGCUAACGGCCUUGAUUCUGGCUUCACUGCCUUCCAAGUGCAUAGUUACUCUAAUCUUUCUAGAAAUGUUUACGAGGUAUUCACCUCAAAGGAAAGUAAGCAGUGAGAGAUUGAAAAGGAGAUUGAGAGAAUGGUGGUUCAGCAUUCCUGCAGCUCCUAUUGUUCUUGAAAGAAUCAAAGAGGAAAAGAAGUGUAAGUGAUGCUUUGCUAAAUACAAAUUUGCAUCUCUGGGUUCGACUAUGAUACUGUAAGAACUCACAUCCAAUCAACUGGUAGCAUAAAAAAGGUGAGCAAUCAGGUGUUCAUCACAAUUCACGGGUGUGCUUUGAUUGAUCAAAGCUAUUCCAGUACCAUGUCUUUUCCAUAUUA